UCCACUAGAUCUUGUAGAAUAUCCAGGCGCAUCUGACCGUUAUGAAGUGCCUUUCUUUGUCAUGCUCGGGCUCGGGUUAGCGUUCUUAAUUCUGGUCGUGGUGCUGAUAGUCGUAAUCGCACGAAUUUCUCGGCGCAAGAGACAAGUUAUGGCCAGUACAGUCUUUGAUGUGGAAAGCCAACGUCUGAUAAAACCCGAAACAGCUAAAGGAAAUACUGGCAAUUUGCAAAUCGACGAGACGGACAGUUCCUACACUGGGAAGAAGCGUUGUCAUCCUCAAAUGGAGAUCGACAGUAUUGUCAAAAAUGCCAAUGGCCGUUCACCCAUGACCACAAGCCGCACAUCUAUGGGCCGCCAGAUCAGUCAGGAAGAGACUGAAAACGACAUGGAAAUUGUUCGACAUCGCAACAAUGACGGCCGUGUUGACUCAUCAAACAGCGGCGGUGUUGACUCAUCAGUAAACAGCGGCGGUGUUGACUCAUCAGUAAACAGCGGCGGUGUUGACUCAUCAUUAAACAGCGGCCGUGUUGACUCAUCAAACAGCGACGGUGUUGACUCAUCAGUAAACAGCGGCAGUGCUGACUCGUCAGUAAACAGCGGCGGUGUUGACUCAUCAGUAAACAGCGGCGGUGUUGACUCAUCAGAAAACAGCGGCCGUAACACAAGACACGAGACCAGAAACGGUUCAAAUGUCGGUUUGCUAGAAAAGACAAUGCUAGACCUCCACAACAAGCUCAACACUAUUCCUCCAUGUCAGGACAAGGAGGGAAAACAUGCCGAAACAGUUUACUCAUGAAUGUCGGCUAUAAUGUUGACAAUCUAUAAACGUGUUCUUACAGUUUGUUUGUUUUGUUUAACGACACCACUAGGACACAUUGAUUAUUGGAUGUCAAACAUUUUGACGUGUAAUCUGAGAUAGGAAACGCGCUUCAUUUUUUCAAUAAUAGCAAGUGAUCUUUUAUAAGAACCAUCCCACAGACAGGACAGCACACGACGGCUCGGGACGGAUAUAGCAGUUGUGGUGCACUGUCAGGAACGAGAGGUAGCCCAAUGGGCCCGCCGAUGGGGAUCUAUCCCAGACCGAUAUAAACGUUUUGUAGACCUAUAACAGAAGACAGUUUUCUAGGUGUUUACUGUACUGGUACAAUUCAUUCCAUGUAUACGAGCCUGAAUUACGAGCCUGAGGCUUUUCCAAGUUACAUUGUGUUGGAAAGUUUUCGUUUUUUACGGAAUAUACCGAGUCUACUAUACCAAACAUCAAAUCGUCACUACGAACGAUGUCAACGACAGCUAUCAUUGCCUGUGCACGUGCGAGUGUUGUCAGUCACACUUAUUAUUAUUGACAGAACAAUAGAUAAAGUACAUGUUCUAACUUGUUUCAAAAUAUAAUAGUAUUUAUUGGUUAAACUUUUAAUAGGUCCUCUGAGUCUGUGUAGUUCCGGCCUGUUUGAUAUUGGCUCAUAUUAACAAAUGAUACUAGCUGACAUUAUUGUAUGAUAUUCACACAAUAUUCUACUACGUUAUUAUAGUGAUUUACUCUGUAUCAGUAUAAUAACGUAGUAGAAUAUUGUUAGUAAACAUAAUUAAAUGGUGAUAGUAAAUAGUGAUUAACUUGUGUUUAUUUCUCUAGUGGAUGCGAUUAUUGUUUAUAUUUGCUGUCAGCUUAGUAUUUUAUUUUGUUUUAAUUCCUCGUCAUACGGCCAUAAAAACACUUUAUUCAUUCCAAGACCGAGCCUUGGUAAAACAUUCCAGAUGUUUGAUUGUGUGGGUCCCGUGACAACAUAAUAAUUAUAAUUUAAUUACAACAGUUUGUAAUA